ACCACAUUUCAGCAUUCAGUUUGGUGCUCUUCUUCCUCUCUAGACAGUGUUCGCCGUUUGACGCGUUGUCUCGCACCAUCACUAUCAUCACUCACCCCCGUGAUUUCUAUUACUUCGAAUAUGGAUUUAAUUGUGCGACAGAUAUUACUCGCUCUGAUAGCGAGUAUCAACUUUGUGUAUUGCGAGCCACCCCUCAGCAAUCAGUACGGUGUUCCCGGAAAUUACGCAGGUGGAAAUUAUCAUGGAACGCAAGGUGGUGGGAACGGAUUCGGAGGCCAUUAUGAUGGGCAUGAUAAUCAAGAUUACGCAGAUAAUGAGCCCAAAGCCUAUGAGUUUGGCUAUUCCGUGAAGGAUCAGGCUACCGGAAACGAUUUCGGCAGGCGAGAAUCGAGCGACGGUGAGACCGUUCGCGGAGAAUACAGAGUGCAGCUUCCGGACGGUAGGACACAGAUCGUUACUUAUACCGCCGAUUGGAGGACCGGUUUUCACGCCGACGUUAGGUAUGAGGGUACCGCGACCUAUCCGGAUCAAUACAAUACUCAAAACAAUGGAUACAACAAUGCUGGCCAAGGUUAUCAGGGAAAUCAUAUCGGUGGAUACACCGGAGCAGGCAGUAACCAGGGCGGUUAUAAUUAUCAAGCAAGUGGUGGACAUUAUAACAACGCCAACAACUAUAAUUAUCAAUUUGGCUCUAACUCAAUAGACAGCAGUUAUAACAACUUUGGUGCAAGGAACACUUAUUCGGGAGUACCGGCGCCUACAUAUGGCCCUGCUUAUCAUUAAAAUGCAUAAGAGAAUAUCAUAGGAUUACUGAUUUUGCAUGAGUGUAGUCUUUUUUUAAAUAAAAACAUUUUUUUCAUAA